AUGGACUACAGAUUGUCUAUGGAGUCCUCCGAAACCCUGAGGAACAAGUGUGGAGCGUGUUAUAGGCAGUUCAACAAGAAGGAACACUUGGUGGAACACAUGAGGAUCUCUUAUCAUUCGGUCCAUGAACCUACUUGUGGCAUUUGCAACAAACAUUGCCGAUCUUUUGACUCCCUCCGUGAACAUCUCAUUGGUCCACUGCCGAAACAAUGCAGGAACAUUUUCAGCAUGCGUGGGUGCAGAUUUUGUCUAUGGAUCUUCGGAAAGCUCAACGCUCGUAGGAUCCAGUCAGUUGCUUCUUGAAAGCUCUCAAACGUCAAUUCUGGACUAACUACUCGUAUGGCGUCUUUAGGCCUUAGAGACAACACUACAAUCGACUAUACUUCUUCAAGGUCACCACGAGUGGUCGCGCUCUCAUGCAAGAUGGUUGGAGGAGGGAGUGACGGAUCGCUGGACCUAUGCGCGAGAGUUUGCAUAACCGAUGAGAGAGAGAACGUGAUUUUCCACACGUACGUGAAGCCAACGAUGCCCGUAACCAAUCACAGGUACGAGACAACAGGGAUACGGCCUGAGAAUCUAAGGGACGCAAUGCCAUUAAAGCAGGCACAGAGAAAGAUUCAAGAGUUUCUUUGUAAUGGAGAACCAAUGUGGAAGAUUCGUUCAAGAAGUGGCAAGGCAAGGAUUCUCGUGGGACAUGGACUUGAUAACCAUCUUGACUGUCUUCAACUUGAAUAUUCUUCGUCCAUGAUAAGAGAUACUGCGGAAUACCCUCCUUUGAUGAAAACAAGCAAAUUAAGCAACUCUCUCAAGUACCUUACCCAGGCCUAUCUCGGGUAUGAUAUUCAUGUGGGAAUUCAAGAUCCUUAUGAGGACUGCGUCGCAACGAUGAGGCUAUACACGAGAAUGCGAUAUCAGAAACACAAGACCGAAGCUCAUUCGCUAGCCUCGGACACACAGAACCGCAACAACUAUGCGGCGUGGAGGCAGAACGAGCUUGAGAGGAUGUCUCCGCAAGAAUUGCUCGACCUCUCACGGUCAGACUAUUACUGCUGGUGCUUGGACUCGGCUGCUUGA